UUCAGUUCAUCAAUUUUGUAGCUUUCAUACACUUUCAUACACUUUCAUACACUCAUUUUGAAUUGGGGUUUUGCGGAGUGCAUGAUUCCACUUGAUUCAAAAAAUUCCAACAAUAUUUUUCCCUUAAUUCUUUUUUUUCCGUUGUUAUUUUUCUUUCGAAUUUCGUCUCACAAUAUCGUGGUUUUCUGCGGAUGACUAAGCAUAGAAAAGGAUAUCCACGGAUUAUACUUUUCCUCAGCACAAUAAAGCAACUGCAAUAAAGCUUGAUUUAUUUAAAUCAAAUAAAAACAAUAUUUAACAUAGUAAAUUCAGCGCAAAUUCCUUGAUAUUUUACAUAAUUAAUAGCUCAGUUAUCUAACCACUUGAUUACAAUUAAAUUAAACUAAAACUCAACUAAAAAUGGGUAUCUUACCUUUCAUUUUCACCAUAAUAGUAGUGAUUCUCUUUAUCGUAUUUUUACCUAUGAUUUCUGGUAUUGGUUCAUUUGAAAUCGAUGAAUAUAAAAAAUACAACAAUCCUAAUUUUAAACAUAAUGAAAAAGAUAGUGAUAUGGAAAACCAAGCUUCUACUUCAAGUUUCAACAGCUAUGUUUCACCAGACGAACAAUACCAAAUCAAUUUAAAAAAGAAAAAUCUCAAUAAAUCUAAGAGUGAAAUUUUAAAAGAAAAAUUUAAUUUAAUGACAAAACAAAAUAGCCCAAUAACUUUUAAAACAAAUGCUAUUGAAGAUCUAAAAGAUAAAGUUAGUCGUGAAACUACUUACAACAGAAAAAUGAAUCUACAAUCUUCUACCGAUCCAAAUGUUUUUGAUUAUAAUAUUGACGAGUUAUAAAUCAACUCCAAUAACUAUAGAUUAUUAAACCUAUUUUCAAUCAUUUUAUCUUUUAAUAAUAGCCACUCUAUAUACAUGAAAAUUCUAUUAAACAUUCAUAUCCAAAUAAAUUCAUAUAUAUUCAUUUAAAUUACAAUUCACAUUUUGUUCUCUUCAUCUUUUACCUUUUUUUUUAUUUCUAUGCUCAUUAAACUCGAUAAAGAUAUUUUGGAUUUAAUAAAACUUCAAAAUCAAUAUUUCAAACUUAGCAGAUCAAUACAGAUAUUGAAUGCAAUAUUGAAAAAUCAUAAAUAUCAAUUAAUAUCUCUUAUUUGUUCCUGUGAAAACAUUUCAAAUCUCCUAUGCCCAG